AUGGUACCCAGCAACAAGACUCUCGUUAUCUCCGGCCCUAGCGGUGUCGGCAAGGGCUCUUUAAUCGAAAAGCUCUUCAACGCGCACCCCAAUACCUUCACAUUCUCUGUCUCCCACACCACACGACAGCCCCGAGCCGGCGAAGUCGACGGAAAGAGCUACUUCUUCGUCUCCCAGGAGGAAUUCGAGAGCCUGAAGUCAGAGGGAGGCUUUGUCGAGAGCGCCAAGUUCGGCUCCAACAGUUACGGAACUAGCCACCGCACUAUCGCUGAACAAACCGCCAAGGGCCAGAUCGUUGUGCUGGAUAUCGAGAUGAACGGCGUGAGACAGAUCAAGGAGAACCCCAAUAUCGAGCCGCGCUAUGUCUUUAUCCAGCCUCCUAGCAUGCAGGCUUUGGAGUCUCGAUUGAGGGGUCGGGGUACCGAGAAUGAGGAGGAUAUUCAGCGCCGACUGGGUCAGGCCUCUGCGGAGUUGGAGUUCGCGAAUGCCCAGGUUGGGGAUAAGAUUAUUGUUAAUGAUGAUCUGGAGACUGCUUACAGGGAGCUUGAGACCUUCGUCUUCCAGGAAUAA